CUCAGCGCAGUAACAGCAGGAGGAAAUACUGGAUAGAUCGCACAAUGGAGGAUGGGAAGCCCGUUUGGGCUCCACACCCAACUGAUGGGUUUCAGAUGGGGAUGAUUGUGGACAUUGGCACUGACAACUUAACUAUUGAACCUUUGAACCAGAAAGGCAAGACUUUCCAGGCUGCUAUCAAUCAAGUGUUUCCUGCGGAAGAGGACAGCACGAAGGAUGUAGAAGAUAAUUGUUCCCUUAUGUAUUUAAAUGAGGCCACUCUCCUUCACAAUAUCAAAGUGCGAUACAGUAAGGACAGAAUUUACACCUAUGUAGCCAACAUUCUUAUUGCAGUGAAUCCAUAUUUUGAUAUACCUAAGUUUUAUUCUUCAGACACGAUUAAAAAGUACCAGGGUAGAUCACUUGGAACAUUGCCACCACAUGUUUUUGCUAUUGCUGAUAAAGCAUUCCGUGACAUGAAAGUGCUGAAGAUGAGUCAGUCCAUCAUAGUCUCUGGGGAAUCAGGAGCUGGCAAGACAGAAAAUACAAAAUUUGUUUUGAGGUAUUUGACAGAAUCCUAUGGUACUGGCCAAGAUAUUGAUGACAGAAUUGUAGAAGCAAAUCCCCUAUUAGAAGCCUUUGGAAAUGCAAAGACUGUUCGCAACAACAACAGCAGUCGUUUUGGGAAAUUUGUUGAAAUUCACUUCAAUGAAAAGAAUUCGGUGGUUGGUGGAUUUGUAUCGCAUUACCUUCUGGAAAAAUCUAGGAUCUGUGUGCAAGGCAAAGAGGAGAGGAAUUAUCAUAUCUUUUACAGGCUUUGUGCUGGUGCUCCAGAAGACAUUAGGGAAAAACUGUAUCUAAGCUCUCCUGACAACUUUAGGUAUUUAAAUCGAGGCUGUACCAGAUACUUUGCUAACAAAGAAACAGACAAGCAGAUUUUGCAAAAUCGCAAGAGUCCUGAGUAUCUCAAAGCGGGUUCCUUGAAGGAUCCACUCUUAGAUGAUCAUGGAGAUUUCAACAGAAUGUGCACAGCAAUGAAAAAGAUUGGACUGGAUGAUGCAGAAAAACUUGAUCUUUUUAGAGUAGUGGCUGGUGUCCUUCACCUUGGAAAUAUUGAUUUUGAGGAAGCUGGGAGCACUUCAGGGGGCUGCACGGUGGGGCCGCGGAGCGAGCCGGCGCUGGAGUGCUGCGCUGCGCUGCUGGGGCUCGACCGGGAGGACCUGCGCGGCAGCCUAACCACGCGCGUCAUGCUCACCACGGCAGGGGGCGCCAAAGGAACGGUCAUCAAGGUACCCUUGAAAGUGGAACAAGCAAACAACGCUCGUGAUGCCUUGGCUAAAACGGUGUAUAGUCAUCUGUUUGACCAUGUAGUGAAUAGGGUAAACCAGUGUUUUCCAUUUGAGACUUCUUCUUUCUUCAUUGGAGUUCUAGAUAUAGCUGGUUUUGAAUACUUUGAACACAACAGUUUUGAGCAAUUCUGUAUUAACUACUGUAAUGAAAAACUGCAGCAGUUUUUUAAUGAAAGGAUUCUGAAAGAGGAGCAAGAACUUUACCAAAAGGAAGGCCUGGGGGUUAAUGAAGUGCGCUAUGUAGAUAAUCAGGACUGUAUAGAUUUGAUUGAAGCAAAAUUAAUAGGUGUACUGGAUAUUCUGGAUGAAGAAAAUCGUCUUCCCCAACCAAGCGACCAGCAUUUUACUUCAGUUGUGCACCAAAAACACAAGGACCAUUUCAGGCUCUCUAUUCCUAGAAAGUCUAAAUUGGCUGUUCACAGAAAUAUCAGAGAUGAUGAAGGCUUUAUUAUCCGGCAUUUUGCAGGAGCAGUAUGCUACGAGACUAUGCAAUUUGUGGAAAAAAACAACGAUGCUUUGCACAUGUCCCUUGAAUCUCUUAUAUGUGAAUCCAAGGACAAGUUUGUUCGACAGCUGUUUGAAUCUAACACCAACAACAACAAGGAUCCCAGACAAAAAGCUGGGAAACUUAGUUUCAUCAGUGUAGGAAACAAAUUCAAGACACAAUUAAAUUUGCUUCUUGAGAAGCUUCACAGUACUGGGUCUAGCUUUAUUCGCUGUAUCAAACCUAAUUUAAAGAUGACAAAUCACCAUUUUGAAGGAGGACAGAUUCUUUCUCAGCUUCAGUGUUCAGGAAUGGUGUCAGUUCUGGAUUUGAUGCAAGGUGGUUUCCCUUCACGAGCUUCAUUUCAUGAACUAUAUAAUAUGUACAAGAAAUACUUGCCUGAAAAAUUGGCUCGACUGGAUCCUAGGCUGUUUUGCAAGGCACUAUUUAAAGCCUUGGGACUGAAUGAAAAUGAUUACAAAUUUGGGCUAACCAAGGUGUUUUUUAGACCUGGCAAGUUUGCAGAGUUUGAUCAGAUAAUGAAGUCUGAUCCAGAUCACUUAGCAGAGCUCGUGAAGCGAGUAAAUCGCUGGCUCAUUUGCAGUCGUUGGAAGAAAGUUCAGUGGUGUUCUCUAUCAGUGAUUAAAUUAAAAAAUAAGAUAAAGUAUCGAGCCGGUGCCUGCAUUAAGAUACAAAAGACUAUUCGUAUGUGGCUGUGCAAGAGAAAGCAUAAACCACGCAUUGAUGGCCUUAUAAAAGUGCGUACACUGAAGAAAAGACUUGAUAAAUUUAAUGAAGUAGUAAGUGCUCUGAAGGAGGGCAAGGCAGAGACGAGCAAGCAGAUCAAGGAGCUGGAGUAUUCUAUUGAUGCAUCAAUGACCAAAAUUAAGACCACUAUAAUGACUAGGGAACAGAUACAGAAAGAAUAUGAUGCUCUAGUGAGAAGCUCAGAGCAGCUUCUGAGUGCACUGCAAAAGAAGAAGCAGCAAGAGGAGGAAGCAGAGAGGCUACGACGCAUCCAGGAAGAAAUGGAAAAAGAAAGAAAGAGACGUGAAGAGGAAGAAAAACAACGAAGGAAGGAGGAAGAAGAAAGACGCCUGAAAUCUGAGAUUGAGGCAAAGAGAAAGCAGGACGAGGAAGAGAGGAAAAAGAGGGAAGAGGAAGAAAAGCGUAUUCAGGCUGAAAUUGAAGCUCAGCUAGCUAGAGAACGAGAAGAGGAAACGCAGCACCAGGCAGUGCUUGAACAGGAACGUCGUGAUCAUGAACUUGCAAUGAGAAUUGCCCAGAGUGAGGCAGAACUCAUCAAUGAUGAGGCUCAGCUUGAUUUAGGAUUGCGCAGAGCUGAUGGAACAAAACUGCAAAUGACUGCGGAACAAAUGGCCACAGAAAUGUCAGAAAUAUUGUCUAGGGGUCCUUCAGUUCAAGCUACGAAAGCUGCUGCUGGUACUAAGAAGCAUGAUCUCAGUAAGUGGAAGUAUGCAGAGCUUCGUGAUACAAUCAACACAUCCUGUGAUAUUGAACUGCUGGCAGCUUGCAGAGAAGAGUUUCACAGAAGGCUAAAGGUGUAUCAUGCUUGGAAAUCCAAGAAUAGGAAACGUAAUGCAGAAGCAGAACAGCGUGCUCCCAAAUCAGUUACAGACUAUGAUUUUGCACCAUUUUUGACCAAUUCACCUCAACAGAAUCCAACCACCCAGCUACCAGGCAGACAACAGGAGAUUGAAAUGAACAGGCAGCAGCGUUACUUCCGUAUUCCCUUCAUCCGUCCCGCAGACCAAUACAAAGAUCCCCAGAACAAGAAGAAGGGUUGGUGGUACGCACAUUUUGAUGGGCCGUGGAUUGCUCGACAAAUGGAACUCCAUCCUGACAAGGCACCCAUUCUUCUUGUAGCAGGUAAGGAUGAUAUGGAUAUGUGUGAGCUUAAUCUUGAAGAGACUGGCUUAACUCGAAAGCGAGGUGCUGAAAUUUUGCCGAGACAAUUUGAAGAGAUUUGGGAGCGCUGUGGAGGUAUCCAGUAUCUUCAGAAUGCCAUUGAAAGCCGACAAGCUCGUCCUACAUAUGCUACAGCUAUGCUGCAGAACCUGUUGAAAUAAAUGAUCAUUUUGCCCAGUAGCGUUUGAGAGGAGAACCCUUGCCUGUGAUUCAAAGGGAAGAGUUCCUCUGCACGACAGAGGACAUAAACACAUUCUAUAAUCAUAUUAGAGAUGUUUAAUAUAAAGUGAACAGAUUUUAUUAAUCAUGAGGUUUGUUAAUUUGUACUUUAUGACGUUUUAAUUUCUGUAGUGACUUUUACUACGUUUGAGGACCUUGAAGAAACUUCAGUCAGUGUAGCUUGUUGUGGUUUGUUAUAUGUUGCAUUUUCUUUAACAGUUUCUGUUAUAACUCUUAACACUUGGGUACAUAUUGCUACCACCUUUUUGUAAAAUCCCUCUUUAAAACACUGAGUCAUCAGCUUCAAGUGGUGGCCUAGUAAAGAGGAUAUGCUGUUUCUAAUAACUGGAAUCGUGAGGCCUUAGCUUUGACUUCUGUUCUGGAGAAGUUGGAGUAUACUUUUAUAUAGUCUGAGACAUUUUAUGUCCUGAUUUGAAAACUGGUUAGUGUCUGUUUUACUGACUUUUUCCAGAAAAUGACAGGAAAUCCUCCUAAAUUUGAGACCCAUAAAUUCCUAUUUAAUGUGUUCUCUGUCUUGGUUUAAGAGAAAUGGGUUUCUGUACAUUCUGAGAAGAGCAUUCAUAUAUGUCAAUAUUGUGUAAUAUUGGAGGUACUCAAAGAAUGUACUGCUCAUUAGGGUUUAUACCACUUCUCUCUUAGUUUCUUUUUCUUUUUUUCUGUUUCAGUACAAAUUUCCUUGUACUUUUCUUUUCCUGACCAAAUUUUGAUUAGGAAUUCUUGGACGGUUUGUUUAUCCAGGUAGUGUAAUUUCAAUAUAUUAUGCAAAACUGUCCAAGACUUGUAUCUGAAGGCAUAUAAGAUUCAGGAUAACAUAAGGGAAAUAUGUUCAGCUUUUUUGGUGGCAGUAUAACUUACCUGAAUAAAGAGGCCUGAGCCUCAGAGAUCCUGUUUAUUUUAGUUGUAAUGAGAUGCUCAAGGUCUGUAUCUUCUAUAGGUUGUAUAAAACUUUGUUCCAAUAACAUAAUGCAUCAUCUUAAUACUAUGUGCUGAUGAAAUAGCUACAAUUUUUAGUAUACUGCAAUAUUGUAUUGAUUCAGACACUGAGCUUUAUCUUAAUCUCCUUUGUCAGGUUUCAUAGCUUGCAACAGUUCCCUUAUUAAGCAGUUUGUUAUGGGAGGUUUUUUGGGUGGGAAUUAUUAAUUUCAUACAGUUUUAAAAUGCAUCUUGUUCACUUAUGCAAACAUUAUGUCACCAUGCUGGCCAUUAUUUCAACAAAUUAAACUUGAUUAUUUAUUAUCUCUCUGAUAGGAACUCAAAACAUAAGUAGCUUGAUGUCCAAUUACUAUUCAACCUGAUGUCAAAAUGAGCUGUUUUUCUAUGAAUUGACAAAGUUUGCUUGCACUGUAGAAUAAUUUCCUCGCUGUUUGUUCAGUUUGAAACCUCUUGGAAACUUAAGUAUAUUUAUGCAUUUAAAAACUAAAUUAAUAAAUUUCUCUGAAGCACAGAGAAGGCUCCCAAUGCAUAUAUCUUUUCCAAACUCAGAUCGUGGUUGCAUGCCACAGUCUGCUUUCUGUUAUAAAUGCACCCCUUACUGUCAUACGUGUGGAGAUACUUGAGCAAUGUUUAUGGGUCCACCAUGUCAGGGAAUCUCAGCUUCCCCUACCUACCCGCUUCACUCAUCAGUCAUGUGGUUUCAAACAAGAAAAUGUUUUCGUUUUACCCAAAUUCUUAACUGAAGCAGUGAUUUUGCCUGGAAGAUGAAAGGAGAAGCGCAUCAGACUGCUGGCUAGCAAGUUGUGUACAAACCUGUACAAUGUUGCAUGAGUCUAAAGGUGCUGCUUAUGAAAUUAAGAUUACUGCUUUAAUGUGUUACUGAAUUGGAACUUGGUUUCAGGACUGCCAGUAUCCAGAAACUUGGCACUGCAAGAAGCUAUGAUUGUUAAUGAGGUACAAGGAAGAAAAAUCACUGAACUGAUAGGGUGGAGGUGCCCUGCCCUGUAAUUAUUUCUAUCUGGAUUUAGCUUCUUGACUUAACAUAUUCAGUCUCAGUUUAUAUAUAUAUGAAACAGAUCAUAUGAGACUGAACAUGGUAAGUAUGUGUGUAUGUACAUGCACAUAUAUAUGCUUAAAUAUUUUAGUGUAUAUAUAUGUGUAAACACACUCGUGGGGAACUUCAAAUAAAUAAGACUGUUAACUGAUUUUUCCCAGUCUGUUCCUUUGAUUAUGCCAGGAUUUCCUUGACUGGCAUCAGAAAGAAAAUCUGUUUUUCAGAAUGGGGUAUGCAAGAAAUUCUGUUAACUAAACGGCAAACAAAUAUCAGCUAUCAGGGAAAUUAAAUUGACUUUGAAAUAGUGGAAGAGGAACUGGUGGCUGGGUGACCUCAAAUGAGAUGUUCCCAGAUGAGAUGUUCCCACCUCUCUGCAUUGCUCCUGCAGUAUGCCUUAGACAGGCAGAAGAUGCAUUCCAAAAAUCAGGGUAGUCCAGUUUAUUUGUUGGGUUUUGUUUUAUUUCUUUUUUUUCUCUGCACUAAAAGCAGGAUCUGCCUCAAGUUUUACUGAUCUUUUUGUGCAGCAGAAUUAAUUUUCAAUUCAUUUCAGAUUUUUAUUGUUUUUUUUUUUUUUUACACAUCAGGCAAUAUUGAGCUGCUUACAGGUAGUUUCUAUAGUCCUGUCUACAGUGUCAGAUAAUUAUGCUGCUGGUUGAUUUGGAGAGGAAAUAAAAGGUGUGGGGAGAGGGCUGAUCUGUAGAAUUAUAGUGUUCCUAAUGCCCUUCUGAUCUGUGGUUGUACCAAAACAUUUAAUUUGUCAUUUUAAAGUGCAGGGAUGAGGUAAACAUGUUGGCUUGGUUCUGUGUGUGUUUGAUUAAAAGGAAAAAUAAUAAUUCAUCCUGCCUCAGUGAAGUUGCCCACCAUAGCUGAGAUCUUCUGCAUGAAACACUCCCCAAAACACAGGAAAGGUAGAAAGUUAGCAUGUGAGACUCCUCCCUGAUUAGGUGACUCAGGAAUAGGAAUUUCCUAGAGAAUGUGUCUUCAAGGUCACCAGGUCAUUAAAUACUUGUCUUUCAUCCACUGAUGAGAUUGUUUUUCUUCACCUAGUUGAAUUCUUCGGGGUUUUCUCCAAAAUCUUUAUUUAAAGUAUUUAAAUGACCUCCUAAUCCUGUACUGAAAAUUAAAAAAAAAAUAAAAUAAAUAAAUUCAUUCCAUGUUGAAAUAUCA